AUGCUGAUCUAUCUCUUGCUGAUCAUCGUAACGGCCUCGAUCUGGUAUGUGCGCAGGAAGUACUCGUUCUGGGCGGACCGGGAUGUGCCCUACGCCCAGCCUCGCUUCCCGUUCGGCAACAUCCAGGGUAUUGGCCGGCGCCUGCAUUCGUCCCAGGCGAUGAUGAAGCUCUACAACGAACUGAAACCAUCCGGAAAAUCUUUCGGUGGAAUCUACUUCUUCACCAACCCGGUAGCGCUGGCACUCGAUCUGGACUUUGUGAAGAACGUGCUGGUGCGUGAUUUCGCACACUUCCACGAUCGAGGCGUGUACUACAACGAAAAGGACGAUCCGAUUUCGGGACAUCUGUUCAACAUCGAGGGCUCCAAAUGGACCAACCUCCGCAAAAAGCUAAUCCCGACGUUUUCGUCGGGCAAGAUGAAGAUGAUGUGUCCGAUUGUCGUGUCCGUUGGAGACCGGUUCCGAGAGUGCCUGGAGAAAUGCAUCGCCGUGGAUGCUGAGGUAGAGAUGAAGGAACUGCUGGCCCGGUUCACCACCGACGUGAUCGGAACGUGCGCUUUCGGUAUCGAUUGCAACAGCCUGAACGAUCCCGAUGCCGAGUUCCUGCGGAUGGGUCGAAAAGUGUUCGAAGUGCCUCGGGGUCGUAUACUGAAGUUUUUCUUUAUGGCCACGUUCAAGGAAUUUUCCCGACGGUUGCACAUUAAGGGCACGAGUGACGACGUGUCGAAGUUCUUUUUCAAGGUUGUGCAAGAAACGAUCGAGUACCGCGAGAAGAACAACGUGCAGCGUAACGAUUUCAUGAACCUGCUGAUGCAGCUGAAGAACAGCGGCCAGCUGGACGAUUCGGGCGAGGACGUAGGAAAGCUCAGUAUGAACGAGAUCGUGGCGCAAGCUUUCGUGUUUUUCCUCGGAGGCUUUGAGACGUCCUCGACGACUAUGUCGUACUGUUUGUACGAGCUUUCGUUGAAUUCGCAGAUUCAGGAUCGAGCCCGGCAGUGUGUGCUGGAUGCGGUGCAGAAGCAUGGAGGACUCACCUAUGAUGCCCUAAUGGACAUGCCCUACAUCGAUCAGUGUAUUAACGAAUCGCUUCGAAAAUACCCACCAGGAGCUAAUCUCAUUCGGCAAGUCAGUCAGGACUAUCGCGUACCGGGCACGAAUGUAGUCUUUCCGAAGGGGAUGAACGUCAUGAUCCCGGUGUACGGUAUCCAGCACGAUCCGGAAAAUUAUCCCGACCCGGAACGUUACGAUCCCGAUCGCUUCUCACCGGAAGCGAGCCAAUUCCGUAAACCGUACAGUUUUAUCCCGUUCGGAGAGGGACCACGAAUUUGCAUUGCUGCUCGUUUUGGUAUGCUUGAAGCUCGGAUUGGCCUAUCGGUGCUGCUGACGCAUUUUAGAUUCGCUCGAUGCUCGAAAACGAACGUUCCGUUGGUGAUUUCAUCGCGCCAUGCCGUUCUCACGCCGGAAGGUGGAUUGUGGCUGAAGGUUGAGAAGCUGAUGUCAUAAGCGCCAUAUAAAGUGACAAAACAUGUGAAUUUCAAGCAUGUGACAUGAUGCCAUGAUGCACUCUAGAUGUGAUUAUUUUAAUCCUG